GUCAUUGUUGGAUUGAAUUGUAUUGUAUUGAGGAGAGUUAAGAAACCAAGGAAAAAGAUACUCGUUUAUAAGAAACUUGAUUAGUUAAAAGGAAUUCUCCUUUUUGUAGGGAGGAAAUAUUUGAAGAACGACCGGAAUAGGAAACGCAAUGACCGAAGUGAAAAAAGCCCCAAGAAAGCGGUUCGUUGGAAAGAAUUCUAGAAAAGACGGUCCUUCUAGCUCUUCUAAGGAUGUAGAGGACACAGCUGUGGUCAAUGCACGCGUUAAGUCUUCAGGACGGAUGGCAACGCGGAUUCCAGAGGAAAUCCUGAACGAUAAAGGCAUCAAUGAAGCAGUGAAAUUGCUUCCUCAGAAUUACAACUUUGAGGUUCAUAAAACCAUAUGGCAUAUCCGUAUGCGAAAAGCGAAACGCGUUGCUUUGCAACUUCCAGAAGGAUUACUGAUGUUUGGCUGCAUCUUGUCUGAUAUAUUUGAACAGUUUUGCCAAGUAGAAACGAUUGUCAUGGGAGACGUGACUUAUGGCGCCUGCUGUAUUGACGACUUUACCGCUAGAGCCUUGGGAUGUGAUUUUUUGGUUCAUUAUGGCCACUCUUGUCUUGUUCCUGUUGACCAAACACCCAUCAAGGUGCUGUACGUGUUUGUCGACAUUAAAAUUGACCUAGGUCACAUCAUUGCGUCUUUGAAGCAAAAUCUCCCUGCUAAAUCAAGAUUAGCUCUUGUUGGUACAAUUCAAUUUGUUGGUUCCUUAAAUACGAUUCGAGAACAGCUAGAGAAAGUAGAGGAAGAUGGUAAGGGAGGCUUUUAUUCAGUCAUUCCCCAAGCCAAGCCUUUGUCUCCUGGUGAAGCUCUUGGAUGUACUUCUCCAUACAUUGAUAGAAGUUUAGUUGAUGCGGUUGUUUACAUUGGUGAUGGUCGAUUCCACUUGGAGUCUGUCAUGAUUGCCAACCCUGGACUCCCGGCGUAUCGCUACGAUCCAUACUCGCAUACCUUAACAAUUGAGUCUUACGCCCACGAAGAGAUGAAAGAAAUCCGACAUUCGGCGAUUGGGAAAGCCAGAAAUGCAAAGAAGGUUGGUUUGAUUCAGGGCACCCUUGGCAGGCAAGGAUCACCAAAAGUAUUAGAAAACUUGAAAAAAACCUUGCGCAAGAGUAACAAGGAUUUUGUUACUGUAUUAAUGUCAGAGAUUUUUCCAAAUCGUUUAGCCCAGUUUACGGAUGUGGAUGCUUGGAUUCAAGUCGCUUGCCCGCGAUUGUCCAUCGAUUGGGGUUAUGCUUUCCCAGCACCCCUUUUGACUCCCUACGAAGCUUCCGUUGCUUUUCAAGCUGCACCAUGGCUUGAAGUUUAUCCUAUGGACUUUUACGCGACGAAUUCAUUAGGCAACUGGACUCCUAACAACCCUGAAAACCGGCCGUUGCCUACAAGAAGAAAACCAGAGCGAACUUCUGCAUAAAAAAAAUUUUAAAUUUUAAAAAAAACAUCAACUCGACAUGGAUGAAUUUCGAUCCUUCAAGAGUAGUUCAGAUUUUAAAAAAACCGGGAUGAAGUUGUUGUUUGAAUGAAAAUUACAGGAUAUAUAGGUUAUGGUUAAUUAUUAAUAAAUUUUUGGGAUG